AUGUUCAGCGCACUCAACCGCUUCAUGUCCCGCUUGGACGGAGAGCAGCCCACACAACAAAGUCGCGGGGGUUCCUUUGGCUUCCAGGUCCUGCGCAACACAAAUCUAGAGCUUUCUAUCGAGCCGUGGUUCGAUUUCAUCAUUGGCAUCAACGGCAGGCCCCUCGAUAGCCCCAACGCCGCCCUCUUUGCGCAAGAAGUCCGCAACUGCGCCGGCGGCUCCGUGUCGCUCGCCCUCUGGAGCGCCAAGGGCCAGCGCACGCGCGAGCUCCACAUCCCAGUCCCCGCCGACUCGGCCUCCCUCGGCCUCAGCCUGCAGUGGACGGCGCUCGCCGUCGUCGCCAACAUCUGGCACGUCCUCGACGUCGCCGCCAACUCGCCCGCCGACCUGGCCGGCCUCCUGCCCUACAGCGACUACAUCCUCGCGAGCCCCGAGGGGGCGCUGCACGGCGAGAGCGGCCUCAGCGAGCUCGUCGACGACUUCAUCGGCCGGCCGCUGCGGCUGUACGUCUACAACAACGAGUACAACGUCACGCGCGAGGUCACCAUCCAGCCGAGCCGCGAGUGGGGCGGCGAGGGCGCCCUGGGCUGCGUGCUCGGCUACGGCGCGCUGCACCGCCUGCCUGCGCCGCUGAACGAGCCCGUCUCGGCGCCGGGCGAGAUGCUGUUCGACAUGGAGAAGGACCCGUCGGCGGCGUACGGGGGCGCCGCGUCGGCGGCAGCAGCAGCGCAGGCGGGACCCGGUGGCCUGCCGGCAGACGGGUCCGAGGGGUUCGUCUCCCGCACGGAAACGCCGUCGGAGGAUCUGCUCGUGCCAGCGCAGCUCGUCAGCGCGGCGCCGCCCGUCGGCGUGCCCACGCGGUCCAAGAAGAAGGAGAGGCACGGCCACAGCCCGAACGCGCUGAUGGACGACUACUUCAAGGAGGGCGAGGAGAAGAGUCGGGCGCUGGACCACGCGCCAAAGAGCUCCGGCACCGUGGCGCCACCACCCAAAGCAGGCGCGCCGCCGCCGCCGCGAGCGGCUUCUACAGAGCCGCCCAAGGAGUAA